UGUACAAGGCACUGAUUCAAGAGAGAGAGAGAGAGAGAGAGACUUGUUUUGAAAAGUGAAGUAUGGUUCUUUCCCUGUUUUCCAAGCCUAUAAAGAAGGGAUUCUCCAAGCACAUGGGAAAGCAAGGAGGCAUGCAAUUCUUUACUUCUCAUCAGUCCAUGCUCUGAAACUUCCCUGCUCCCCCCACAGCCAAAAGAGGAGGUUUCAGGUCCUCUUUGUGCUUUCUUAUCCCUCAAACAUCUCCUCCCUUCGAUCUUUUCUUAUAAGAUUUCACGUUAGAUUAGCAGUUCUUUUGAGCAACACUUUCACAUGUUAUAAUCAAGAACAGAAAGCAAGGCAACAAUCCUAUUGGUUCUCUCGGAGACCAUGGCCUCGGCUUCACUGCUUGCCAUGUGGUUCUUGCUUGGUCUACAUGGAGCUGUGUGUCAGAUUGGCAACGGACCCAGUUCCUCCUCGAAGCCCACCAUGGUGAACAUCGGUGCCCUUUUCACCUAUAAUUCCACCAUUGGAAGGGCCGCCAUGAUCGGGAUCGAGCUCGCCGCCGAGGAUGUCAACGCGGACUCCACAAUCCUGGCGGGGACGACGCUGAACGUGAUCACACAAGACACCAACUGCAGCGGCUUCGUCGGAACAGUGGAAGCCUUGCAACUGAUGGAGAAGAAAGUGGUCGCGGUCGUCGGUCCGCAGUCCUCAGGCAUUGGCCAUGUCAUCUCCCACGUCGUCAACGAGCUUCACGUGCCGCUCUUAUCGUUUGCUGCCACGGAUCCGACCCUUACUCCACUUGAAUUCCCCUACUUCAUUCGAACAACCCACAGUGAUUACUUCCAGAUGAAUGCCGUUGCGGACUUGGUCGAACACUUCGGGUGGAGGGAGGUGACGGCCAUCUAUGUCGACGAUCACUACGGCAGGGGAGGCGUGAUAGCGCUCGGCGAUGCACUCGCGAGGAAGAGGUCCAAGAUCUCGUACAAGGCCGGCUUCCCUCCCGGUGCCGACUCCGACGUGAUCCGUGAUCUGCUGGCGGGCGUCAAUCUGAUGGAGUCUCGGGUCUACGUCGUCCAUGUCAACCCUGACUCCGGCCUCAGCGUCUUCUCCCUGGCCAAGAAUAUGGGGAUGAUGGGCACCGGAUACGUGUGGAUAGCUACUGAUUGGCUUGCUUCAGAUUUGGAUUCGUUCGGGACGGAGGAUCCGAGCACCAUGAGCCUCGUGCAAGGAGUCAUCGUUCUCCGCCACCACACCCCGGAGUCUGACCUCAAGAGACGAUUGACGUCGAGAUGGAAGAGCGUGAUCCAGGAAGGAAACACCACGGCGAGCUUGAACAGCUAUGGAUUGUAUGCUUACGACUCGGUCUGGUUGGUCGCUCGUGCUAUCGACCGAUUUCUGAGUGCAGGACAGAUCAUAAAUUUCUCCGUUGAUCCUCGGCUGCACGAUGCCAAGGGCAGCUCCCUCCGCUUGGCGACGCUGCGAGUUUUCGACGGAGGCGAGCGUCUGCUUCAUCAACUGCUGCUCACAAACUUCACAGGCGUAUCUGGACGACUGCAGUUCGAUUCAGAUCGAAACCUCGUUCGACCGGCGUACGACAUUCUCAACAUCGAAGGAACAGGGCCUCGGUUGAUCGGGUACUGGUCCAAUUACUCUGGCCUUUCAGUCCUUUCCCCCGAAGUCUUGUACAUGCAGCCACCCAAUGCGUCCACCCCUGUUCAGCGGCAGCUCCACGGUGUUGUGUGGCCCGGUGAGACAACGACGCAGCCUCGUGGUUGGGUGUUCCCCAACAAUGGCAAGCCGCUGAGGAUUGGCGUUCCUAACAAAGCAAGCUUCAAAGAGAUUGUGUGGGGCAGUUCCAACUCAACCGAUCCGAGUGGCUUCUGCAUCGAUGUAUUCAAUGCCGCGGUUAAGCUGCUGCCUUACCCAGUUCCGUGCAAGUUUAUAGUCAUCGGAGAUGGUUCUCAGAAUCCAAAUUACGACGAUAUCGUGAGCAUGGUUGCUCGAAAUGAACUCGAUGCUGCCGUAGGGGACAUUGCGAUCGUGAGAAACAGAACGAGAAUCGUGGAUUUUACGCAGCCGUACAUCGAGUCAGGACUGGUCAUAGUCACUCGCCUCCGAGAGAGUAGCUCGAAUGCUUGGGCCUUCCUGAAACCAUUCACAGUGAAGAUGUGGUGUGUCAUCGGAGCUUUCUUUUUCCUGGUGGGCGCUGUCGUUUGGACUCUUGAGCAUCGGAGCAACCCGGAGUUCCGUGGAGCACCGAGAAAACAGAUCGCGACCAUGUUCUGGUUUAGCUUCUCAACAAUGUUUUUCGCACAUAGGGAGAACACAGUCAGUACGCUCGGGCGAUUCGUGUUGAUAGUAUGGAUGUUCGUAGUCCUAAUUAUCAACUCGAGCUACACAGCCAGCUUGACGUCAAUCCUCACAGUUCAACAGCUCUCAUCAGGGAUUACUGGGCUUGACAGCUUGCUCUCGUCCUCUGAACCUAUUGGCUACCAGAAGGGGAAGUUUUCGAGGAAUUACAUGAUAGAAGAGCUCAACAUUCCUGCGUCCAGACUCGUACCUCUGAACUCCCCUGCAGAGUAUGCUAGGGCUCUCCGGCUGGGGCCAAAGGGUGGUGGUGUGGCAGCCAUCGUCGAUGAGAUUCCAUACGUCGAGAUCUUCUUGUCUGCCUACUGCCAGUUCAAGAUCGUGGGUCAAGAGUUCACCAAAAAUGGAUGGGGAUUUGCAUUCCAGAGGGACUCUCCUCUUGCGGUUGACUUGUCCACCGCAAUCCUGGCACUGUCCGAGAAUGGCGAUCUCCAGACGAUCCACGAGAAAUGGUUGUCGCGUGCUGGAUGUCCUUCCCAAGGUGUUGAAGAAGAAGCGAACCGGCUAAGUCUCAGUAGCUUCUGGGGUCUCUUCCUCCUCAGUGGCAUCGUGUGUUUUCUUGCUCUCAUCCUUUUCUGCAUAAAGGUAUGCUAUCAGUAUGCCAUGUACAGAAGCGCAGAGGUCGACAAGCCCAGAGAAAUCGACGGAAGCCAACAUGCCCUAUGCAAGUUAAAGAGCAUCAAGGCUUUGAUUCGCUUCUUCGACAUGAAGGAAGAAGAAAUCAACAAAGUCAUCACGAAAAAACCGAGUGGUACACAAAAUGGUCCUCCAACUUCGGAUGACGGGCAUUCGCUGCCAUCUUCAUAGAACGUGGUAAGAAGAUGCAGCAAUCUUUCUUACCAAAAGAACAUCAGCUAUUUUGCAUUAGGAAAUGCGAUUACUUGGUAGACUUGAUGAAGACUGCGACUGUGACUGUUUCACAAAGUGCGAGUUCUUAAUUUGUCUUGAAUCUCUUAUAAAGCAAUCCAGAACAUACAUAUUUUCUA